AUGGGGUUUGGGUGCUCUGAUUUGAAUCUCUGGCAAGAAGCCCUAUCUGCUUACCCUUCCCGCAUACAAUCUCUCAACAAACCCGAUUUGGUUUCGUUAGAUGACUAUUACUGCAACGAACUCCCACCUCUCCUCCACCAAAAAAAACCUAAUCCUUACAUCACCACCUCUGAGCUCUCAAAGCUCAUGCAAUGGAAACUUACCUGUGGAAAAUGGAGGCCGCGUCUGUUGGAUUUUGUUUUGGGUUUGGACGACGACCUGGUAAAAUCAGCAUCAGAAAAGGGGUUUCAAUCUCUCCCCAAUGUAUCGAAAGCUCUAUCUGAGCUUACCGUGCUCAAAGGCGUGGGUCCAGCCACGGCUUCUGCAAUCCUUGCAGCUUACACCCUUGAUGUUGCGCCAUUCAUGUCAGAUGGUUGUGCGUGGAGCUGGGAAUGGGGAGAGUCGGCUAGGGUUUCUGAAGAUGGGGACGAUGGAGGGUGA